AGCGAAGGUCCAAUCUCUUGAAGAACAAUCCAGCUCUGGGACUGAGAAGAGCUCAAAAUAUGGGCAAAUAGCUGCCGAAGAAGUCCCAAAAAGUUUAUACUGCCUCGGUGUAAGGUUAACUCUUGAAUGGUUCAGGAACUCAAAUCAGGAGAAAGAAAUUGGAGGAAGUCAGGUUGUGGAGAAACUUAUGGACAAUAACCUCUAUCAUUUCUGCGUAUUUUCUGACAACAUACUUGCAACUUCAGUUGUGGUAAACUCUACUUCACUGAACUUCAAAAGUCCCAGUCUGGUUGUCUUCCACAUUGUGACUGAUGAAGUGAAUUAUGCCCCAAUGAAGGCCUGGUUUUCCACGAACAGUUUCCGUGGUGUGACAAUUGAGGUUCAGAAGUUUGAAGACUUUACUUGGCUCAAUGCUUCUUAUGUCCCUGUCCUUAAGCAACUCAAAGACUCUGACACCCAGAACUAUUACUUCUCUGGGAGUAAUGACAAUAGCAAACCCCAAUCAAGUAUCGUAACCCAAAAUAUCUCUCAAUGCUUAACCAUCUCAGGUUCUAUAUUCCUGAAGUUUUCCCUUCCCUGGAGAAGGUAGUAUUUCUUGAUGAUGAUGUCGUGGUUCAGAAGGAUCUGUCACCGCUUUUCUCCAUUGAUUUGAAUGGAAAUGUAAACGGGGCUGUUGAGACUUGUAUGGAGACAUUCCACAGAUACCACAAGUACUUAAACUACUCUCACCCACUAAUACGUGCACAUUUUGAUCCUGACGCAUGUGGUUGGGCAUUUGGAAUGAAUGUUUUUGAUUUGGUUGAAUGGAGAAGAAAGAAUGUGACUGGCAUCUACCACUACUGGCAGGAGAAAAACAUUGACAGGACAUUGUGGAAGCUUGGAACGUUACCACCUGGACUCUUGACUUUCUAUGGGUUGACUGAACCUCUGGAUCCCAGUUGGCAUGUUUUGGGAUUUGGAUACACAAAUGUUGAUCCUCACUUGAUAGAGAAGGGGGCUGUAUUACACUUUAAUGGAAACUCAAAACCAUGGUUGAAAAUUGGGAUGGACAAAUACAAACCUCUGUGGGAUAAAAAUAUUGAUUAUUCUCAUCCUAUGUUGCAACAAUGCAAUGUCCAUUGAUUGUGGGAAAGAGAUUUGCUUUUUCACACAAUUGGGUAUUGGUUGAAUAACGGUAUGCUGAACUUGGGAAGGACUAUAACAUUUCUGGGAACAUCAGCAAGGUUGGUGGUCAGAAGAUGGAUAUAUUUUGGGUUUUCUCAAUUUCUAUUCAUUAAAAUAGGUUGAGCUGCAAUUGCAGUGACAAUUCAUUUGUAUCCCUUGUUGGGUCAUAAUUUUCUGUUUGCAACGUUUUAAAUGCAUUAUUUCCUCUCUCACAACUGUAUAGAUGAAUACGUCUAGUUUGCUCAUGAGUCUGUAGCGUCAAACAACUGGUAGUUCUUUGUUGGUACCCAGUGUAAACCUGAUGACAACUUUUUGUGUUGUGCUGAAUUUCGUUGAGAUAUGUUCUUAUAGAAUACUAAAA